GCCAUUAGGCUGCGUGAUCUACACAGCUUGACUGACCUGUUUUACGACCUGAGCACAAGGGACACGGUACUAAUGUCAAAGCUAGCAUAAUUCACUUCUUUGUCUUAACUUGAAUGCUACAUUUGGCACGUAAUCACGUCAUGCUUUAUACGUGUGAGGUAAGUGGGAUAUGGACACGAUGCCAUAAUGGUCGCUGCACCUGCCAACAGAGAAUGUCAAGGGAUUAAGAAUAUCAACCUGAAAAUAUCACGCAGACGCUCAUCCGAUUGAGAUUGCAAAAUACGAUCAGCUAUGAGCUUGGCUUCUGUGGAUUACACCUAGGCAACCACGUCGGCUUUGAUGUUUGUCAACUGGGUGCGUGGUCAGGAACUGAAUACCAAUAUGGUGUCAGUCUGUAGCUGAGAUGUACACUGUAUCAUGUGCUACAGCCAACAGACACUAAUGGAUAGUACUCAGUGUUUCGUAACAGGAGCUGUUUGAAGUCCGGGUAUUGACACAUACUACUGCCAGAGGAUACAGGCCGAAUUCCUGUUUUAGUUGAUCGAAGUUAUCAGAUUUUGACCAGACAAACAGCGUUGGAAACAGAUGCAUUUAUGAUGUCUGUGAUUUACAACUUCAGUGUGGUAAUUUUCAUGAUGUACACUUCUUCGCACGUUUGGAUGCUGUCUCUUGAUAUUUUGCUGAACAUCAAAGAGUAUGACAAGUGCCCCCAACCUGUGGUCUGCCACAAAAACGUUUCAGUCAACAAUAAUCUGUUAAAUGCGACAAUUUGGCUGGUUUCUGUUGAUGAGGAAUUUCCUGAUGUGAAAACAGUGAGAUCGGUACAUGGGGAUGUCAUGAUCAUGGCAUCACUCUCUCCCUGUCAGCGUCAUUUCAGUCCCUCCUCCCACGACAUCACCGUCUGCCCCUUAGUCUGCUCCACGUUCUUAUCCAGCCAGUCAAUAUAUAUUCAGUCAGUGUUCAACGUCACAAAUACAGAGCAAACCAUCUUUAAUGCCCUCGUCAGUCAUGAUUCCUUGGACGAUGUCAUGACAGGCAUUACCUCAAUACUAUGGCAUGUGAAGUGGAAGACGGUCGUUGUUAUAACUUCUGCGUAUGGAGUUUUCACUGCACUAUCUGGGGGCAGAUUGGCUUCGAUCAAGUUACUGCUGUAUAUGAUAGAUGAUCCCAACAAUCCACUUGAAAGUAUUGACCUCGCCAGCAUUUACCAGCUGCUUCCGGUGAAAGACCUUAACCUUCUUGUGAUGUGUCCAUCCGACUGUAUACAGAAACUCCUCAACCAGGGUCGAUUUUUGGAAUCGAACAUGUCAGUGGCGAAGGCAAGUGGAGGCCCUCAAUGGUUGAUGGUUCCUUCUACCGGAAGUGUCAUGGACCUUGCACACAGCGUCGAGCCAUUCAAAACUGAAAAGCUUGUUUUCUUGGAAUUCAUGCCGUGUUCGAGGUCUUACUUACCACUGAACAUUGACGUUAUUACGCAGCAUUCCACAAGCUCAGAGCGAACAAAUAUGACAGACCAGGCUGCUGAAAUAACAGAAUCGUUACAGAAGAGUGUAAUCGACGGUGAAUACCCCGUUCAAGCUAAACUAAAAGUUCUUGGCAGAGGCCAUUCUGGAACAAAUGUUGAAACUGUUGGCUACAUUGGGAGAGAUGACUCUGUGCAGGUCAAGCAUCCGCUCUAUCAUGCCAACUAUGAUGGAUUUCACAACCGAACGUUAAUUGUCGGGACUCUGGAGUGGCCGCCAUUUGUGAUCAGGAAAGUGGAGAACGGUUCUGUGAAGUUUGACGGUCUUUGCAUCCAGCUUUUGCAGGAACUGGCGAAACAGCUCAAUUUCAGCUACACCCUGGUGGAGCCCGAAGACAGAGAGUGGAGUCGGGUACUGAACGGCAGUUGGACGGGGCUGGUGAAGUUACUUACUGAUGGGGAAGUUGAUUUGGUGGUGGCACCGAUGUCUGUGAGUCACAGCAGAGCGGCCGCCAUCGAUUUCACAGUGCCAUUCUUCUACGCCCAUUCAGCUCUUAUUCUAAGCAAACAAGAUCCCAACAGCAACAAAUGGCUGACCCUUCUCUCCCUGUUCCGUUACGAGGUUCUCAUUUGUAUCCUCGUCUCACUCAUCUUCUCCACUGUCUUGAUCUUCGUCAUAGAAGAAGUGACACCAGUUCGUUCGUGGACAGAUGACAGACCCACGGAUAUGCAGACCCGAUAUGGAGAUAUACUCUGGUAUCAUUUUGGAGCUCUUAUGGCGAACGGAGGAGCAUACCUUCCCAACACGGAGUCCGGACGCACGGUGCUCAGCUGUUGGUGGCUGUUCACGGUGAUAAUGGCGGCCACCUACAGUGGUAACCUCAUAGCGUUCCUCACCGACGGACGAGAGAAACCGCCCUUCUCCAGCUUGGCUGAGAUGGCGCAGCAGGACACAUACAGCUGGGGCUUUGUGGGAGGCGCAUUUCUAGUCACUCUCUUUCAGGAAUCCAACAUCUCCGCCUAUCAGAUAAUAUGGCAUCGUGUGGAGGAAAUGACGGCAAACCAUCCUGAUUGGUUGAGUCACGAUGGCAACGAGCACCUGCGCCGGGCGGCAGAGAGCAAAUAUGUCUAUAUUGCAGAAGGGGCUACUUUUGAGAUGUGGGACGACCCUCGGAGGUGUCAUUUACAGGCGAUAACCGACAACUUCGCUUUCGGCAAAUAUGCAGUUGGUUUACCCAAACACAGUAUAUACACACAGCUCUUCUCAAAACAAAUAUUGAAAGUGUACGAGAGCGGCCUUGUGCAUAUGUGGUGGAAUCGGUGGAAACCUAAACAUCAGUGUAUGUCACCCAGCAGAAAAUCGAAGAGGAUCGACAUUCUAGCCUUGCAAAGCGCCUUCUAUAUUGCAGGGAUUGGUGUGGCUAUAUCACUCAUGGUACUUGUGAUUGAAACCAUUCAUAAUCGGCGAAGUAAACAAAGACUGCCGAGACAGUCUGACAGUGUUGAAGAAGAUGAUGAAGAGGAAGAAGAAGAGUCAGUUUGCCCUGAUACCUCAUCCCAGGAUCUCCCGAACACAGAUAUAGUUGCCACCACCUGACGUAUGACAGAGUUGCACCAGAAAGACCUUAUCACAGCUUAACCAUAUGGAAACAAAUCUUGACAGCAUCGGCAGAAAUGCAGAUGCUUCAAGCAUGACACAGUUACUGUUCUUUUACCAUGUGCACCUUUAGGGCGAGAUAGGUUAAAUGGUCAUGAAAUCAGGAGGUUUGUUCUGUGAUUAGUAUGUGCUAUGUACUUUAAACACUUAGAAAUACGGAAGCUGUAGGUCACGCUUAGAUCUAUGUAGUUUAUAUGUCUG